AUGUUGCAGAAUACACGGCUUAACGGCGACGCCAGCUGGGACAGCAAUCGUCAGUCGACCCCCCCGAGCGCGGGCAUGCGUGGGACUUCGGCGGCCAAGUCGAACUAUCCGACCAACGGUAGCUUCGACAACGCCGCCGCCAGCACGUACAGGAAUAUCGACUUGAACGACUUUGAGUACAUCCCCACUCCCUUUAACCCCCGACGCAUCGCCCGCUGCCGCGCUGAUAACUUUGUGAUUCUUUUCGUGCUGGCUGUGACGUUCGUGGCUUCCCUCGCUGCCAUUCUAACCCCCAUUUUCAUGUACCGCAGCCCAACCUCCACGGUCUACGUGGACUCUCGGAACGUCUGGGGUAUCAAGGGGGAGGACGUACAGCAGCGAUACAAGAUCUACACACUCUUCUGCAAGAACUAUACUGUCAAGUCGGAUGGCUACCUGGCAUUGUAUAUCAUGGUUCUGCUUCUCGCUUUCAUCGGA